AUGUCCUCCCUCCCCCAUGACGUCGAGGUCAAGGACGAGGGUCGAUUUUCCCACGACAAGGACCAGGAAGUCCGUAUCGAACGGUCCGAAAGCCUGGAUGGCCUCCCUGACCCGGACGCCGGGAAGAGUGAUGAAGAGAGGAAGAAAAUUGACCGCGCCCUCAUGUGGAAGGUCGACCGCUGGCUGAUCCCCUGGCUGUGUCUGCUGUAUUUGCUCUCGUUCCUGGACCGGACGAACAUCGGCAACGCCAGACUGGCAGGCAUGGAAGACGACCUCGGCAUGGCCGGCCAUGAUUACAACAACACGUUGACUAUUUUCUUCAUCUCCUACGCCCUCGCCGAACCAAUCACCAACAUCCUCCUCAAGCGCCUGACGCCGCGCAUCUUCUUCACGGCCAUCAUCUUCCUCUGGGGCCUGAUCAUGACCCUGAUGGGCCUGGUACAAAACUACAGCGGUCUGCUCGCGUGCCGCUGGUUUUUAGGCCUCGCCGAGGCCGGCCUCUUCCCCGGCGUCAACUACUACCUCUCAUGCUGGUACAAGCGCACCGAGCUGGGCAUCCGGGCCGCGACAUUUUUCUCCGCGGCCGCGCUGGCGGGCUCCUUCGGCGGGCUCCUGGCGGCGGCGAUCGCGCAGAUGGACGGCAUCGGCGGCAAGCCCGGGUGGGCGUGGAUCUUCAUCAUCGAGGGGCUGGCGACCAUGUUCGUCGGCGGGUUUUGCUGGUGGAUGGUGUUUGACUGGCCUGACACGGCGCGCUUCCUGAGCCCCGACGAGCGCAUCCGCGUGCGCCGCCGCCUCGCGGCCGACAAGCAGAGCAGUUCGGCCGAGGAGUACGAUCGGCGGCACAUUUUCGCGGCGCUGCGCGACUGGAAGACCUGGGGCUACGCGUUCAUCUACAUGGGGUGUCUGUGUCCGUUGUAUGCGUUCUCGCUGUUCUUGCCGACCAUCCUGCGCGGGAUGGGGUACGCGGGCACGAGGGCCCAGUUGUUGUCCGUCCCGCCCUACGCCGUCGCGGCCGCCAUGACGAUCUUCAUCGGCUGGUUCGCCGACCGCACGCGCUGGCGCGGCUACUGCAACAUGGCGGUUGUGAGCUGCGGGAUCGUCGGUUUCGUCAUGCUCAUUUCGACGGCGAGUCCGCGCGUCCAGUAUGCCGGCACGUUCUUGGGCGCGGUAGGCAUCUAUCCGACCAUUGCGAAUACCUUGUCCUGGGCGGCGAAUAACAUCGAGGGCGUGUAUAAGCGCGGGGUGGUCAUCGGGAUCGUCGUCGGCUGGGGCAAUCUCAAUGGCGUGGUGAGUUCAAAUAUCUACAUUACUGGCGAGGCGCCGCGGUUCUGGACGGGCCAUGGCGUCGUGCUGGCUUAUCAGGUCAUUUGUCUGUUGGGAGGCACUAUUUUCAUGCACGUCAUGCUGAGGGUGGAGAAUGCGAAGCGCAAGAGCGGCAAGCGGGACCGUAUGCACGAGGGAAAGACGCCUGAGCAGGUCUGGGUGGCGGGUGACAACAGGCCGGACUUUAUUUACACGUUGUAG